GAAAUUCAAAAGCAAGAAAAGCCUUAUCGCAGACAAACCAUGGAGAACAUUAGCAACCUUGUCGCUAAACCUAAGCUCUCCAGCCUCGCGAAGGUCUUCAUCAGGAACGAUGGCCGAGAGUAUCUGAACGGUCGAUACAGGAUUGCACAGAAAAUUUGGUCCGCCCCUAACCUGAACUAG